AUGGGUGAGGCCAGCACAUCAAAUGUUGGAAAAGGAUUUGUUCUGCCUGCCAGUUUUCUUGGAUCUCGAAGAUACAUGCAACAAUGUUUUCAAGAUGCCCUGGCUGUAUGUCGCCAUAUUGGGCAUCCCGAUAUUUUCUUGACCAUGACUACUAAUCCCAUGUGGGAUGAAAUCACUGAGAUGAUGAAAAACAUGCCAGGGUGCCUAGCUGUUGAUUCUCCUGAUGUCAUUGCACGUGUUUUCAAGCUUAAACUUGAUCAGAUUGUUGAUGACAUAAAGAACAAGGGCUACUUUGGAACGUGUGUUGCAAUCAUGUAUGUUGUUGAGUUUCAAAAGCGGGGUUUGCCGCAUGUCCAUAUGCUCAUCUGGCUGGAUUCUCAAUCUAAGAAAAAACUGAAUUCAAAUGUUGAUAGUUUUGUAUCCGCUGAAAUACCUGAUCCAGAUGAAGACCCUGUUGGAUAUCAAGCUGUAGCUAGACACAUGAUCCACGGCCCUUGUGGAUUGCUGAAUACCAAGUCUCCUUGCAUGAAGGAUAUGAAGUGCACUAAACACUUUCCUAAAAAGUAUGUUUAUUAUAGAGAGAAUAUAAUAGUCUACUGA